AUGAACGGUGCCGACUCACGUGGCCGCGACCCUGGAGAGGUGUUUGGCGGUGGUGGGAAUGUUGGUAUUGGUAAUGGCCUAUCCUCGAUAGGUGUGGAUGAAGUCGCUGCCGGUACUGGGAAAGGAGGAUGCUCUCUUGUUGUUAAGAAUCUUCCUUUCUCGUAUACCUGGCAAGAUCUGAAGAGGAGCUUCCGGGAGUUUGGAGACGUUCGUUUCGCUGACAUUGCCUUCGAUGCUCAAGGCAAAUCUCGUGGUCAUGGCACAAUCCUUUUUGCCAAUGCAGAAGAUGCUGCCAGGGCUAUUGGUACGUACUCCCGAUGUGAUUGGGAAGUCUUAUUGCCUAAUCCUAUAACGAUGAUGGAUACGUUUGGACUUGAGCCCGGGUUAUGA